CCAGACGAACUUUCGGUGGAGCUCAAGCAGAGGUUUCGCUCACUCCUCAAUCGAUUUUCCUCACUUGAAAAAGCUACCAUCUUGGCACGGAGUGAAAAUUUUACCGUUCCCCGAGUCAGAGGCUGAAAAAUUUUCUGCAGCUCUUCAGUGGUGUCUCCCGGUCGAAUGUACAAGAGCUGUUGCAACCAUCGAAUUUGCACGACCAGACGGUGCUGAUUAGUUUGUGAAAAAUGAAUUGUGCGGGCAGUUGCUGUUGAGGAGAAUUUUUCCAAUUUUCCGAGUUCUACCAGUUACAAAAAUCGAAGAAACAUAGCUGAGGACGACUAGGUUUGUCCAUUUGGUAGCAAAAUCCUUCGCAGCAGUCGCAGCGAAUUUGCGAAAAAAUCCAAAAUGGCUCCGGGUAUUAAAAUAUGGAAGAGAGAGGCGGAACCCGAUGCCGAUGUGAAACUCGCAGAGGCUGCAACCACCCUGGGGACGAAAAUCUUCGGUCACAAACAUCCCCAUCUUAGAACGACGACGGAAACAGACUUAGAAACAGAUGAAAAUGACGAGCUUGCAAGCACCGCAGCGCCAACGAAAGGCGAAGCGGAAAAGAUUGGCGAGAAAGCGGCGGAGAUCACCGAAGCACUGGCACACAAUAUGGGCAUCCCAACGUGGGGCUUGGUGUCGAUCAUAAUCGUAGUCGUCCUGAUCAUCCUCGGCAUCUGCGGCUUCUGCAUCCGCCGGUGCUUCCGCAAGAGGCGCUCUAAAGACGGCAAGAAGGGCAUGAAAGGAGUCGAUCUGAAAUCGGUACAAUUAUUAGGUUCAGCAUACAAAGAAAAGGUGCAACCUGACAUGGAAGAACUGACUGAGAACGCGGAAGAGCAAGACGAAGGCGAAAGCAAGCAAAGUGAACAGAAACUAGGAAAACUUCAAUAUAAGCUUGAAUAUGAUUUCAAUGCAAACGCUCUAACGGUAACCGUGAUCCAAGCGGAAGAACUGCCAGCUCUAGACAUGGGAGGCACAUCAGAUCCUUACGUAAAAGUGUAUCUGCUACCAGAUAAAAAGAAAAAGUUCGAAACCAAAGUCCAUAGGAAAACGCUUAAUCCGGUAUUUAACGAAUCGUUCACAUUCAAGAGCCUUCCGUAUGCCGACGCAAUGAACAAGACGCUGGUGUUUGCCAUAUUCGAUUUCGAUCGAUUCUCCAAGCACGACCAGAUCGGAGAAGUUAAGGUACCCCUCUGCCAGAUCGAUUUGGCCCAAACCAUCGAAGAGUGGCGAGAACUGCAAAGCGUCGAGGGCGAAGGUGGUCAGGACAACAAGCUGGGAGACAUUUGCUUCUCGUUGCGCUACGUACCAACUGCAGGUAAACUCACCGUCGUGAUUCUGGAGGCGAAGAAUCUAAAGAAGAUGGACGUCGGAGGAUUGUCAGAUCCAUACGUUAAGAUUGCACUGAUGCAGAACGGAAAGCGUUUGAAAAAGAAAAAGACUAGUAUCAAAAAAUGCACACUAAACCCCUACUACAAUGAGUCGUUCUCAUUCGAAGUUCCUUUCGAACAAAUACAAAAAGUGAAUCUGGUGGUAACUGUAGUGGAUUACGAUCGCAUCGGUACGUCGGAACCCAUUGGUAAGGUCGUCCUGGGAUACAACGCAAGCGGCACCGAGCUGCGUCACUGGUCCGACAUGUUGGCCUCGCCGAGACGUCCGAUCGCACAAUGGCACACCCUGAAAGACCCGGAGGACGACAAGAAGGACUAAGGAGGACCAACGCCGCCGGAUGGCGCUGAAUAAUCAUCGCCACCCGCUGACAUACGAGAGACAAGAGACAACUGAUUGGGUCAGGAGAAGCAUCAUAGUGGACGCAUUCAUGGAAUAGGAAUAAAGUAAAACACAUACCUAAAACACACUAAACGAAGCAAAGAGUGAAUAUGGCGAGCGGAUAUAAUAUAGACCCUUUCGAGGUUGGAUCUUCUAGAUUCGAUCAUCCGAAAGCUGAUUCGAUUCACUAAUAACGAAGCUCUAUCAGGUUUAUGUAAAAAGAGGAAACAAAAAUGUUAAUGUUUAUUUCGUUCUUAAGGUAUGUUCAAAAUAGUGGGACGUUAUUUGAAAGAGUCAGUUGAUUGUUAUGAAACUCAUCAAAUGAAAUCCAUGAAAUUGAGUGUUCCGUUGUUGGGUUUAGUUUACAAACUCGUUAUCACAUAAUUGGAUUUGUCAGAAUUUAGACUCUGGAAAUAACGUUCCUGAUACAAAAAAAAAGAAGUCGUGGUAGAAAAUUUGGAACUAGCUCAGUUUUCUAUGCGUAGCAUAUUGAUAGGAUUAUGAAUGUAAUAAAUUGAUCUAUGGAACGAGGUGUAGAGCGGAACAUUCGGUCGAACCCAGAAAGAGCGCCUAUUGUGCAUCUUUUCUAGCUACUGCAUAUCUCUUAAUCGAAGAACAGGUGUCACUGCGUGACAAAUAAAGGCUACAUAAAAAUAUAAACAUUAGCAUCAAUGCCUCGUCGAUUGGUUGAAGAAUGUAUGUUUUUAAGUUUGUUACUAGAAACUAAAGCACGCGUACAAGCAAAAUCACAGCCACACACUUCAAACGAAUCAAUAGAUAGUUUUGAAACACGAGGAGAUUAAAAUCUAGAUCUAUAGAGGAAACAAUAUACGUGGUCCCAAUUUGAUGUGUAGAAAAGAAGCACAAUAAUAGCCUAAAUCAUGAUAAGCUGAUGACAGUAACACCGACCGAUUGUAAGUAGGUAAAACAAAGUGAAAUCUAAUUCAACGUAAGGUAAAGAAGUAAAAUGUGUUUUAAAACCUUUUAAUUAGACAAGGAUGGCUUUCGUAUUUUGAUUCGAUCCAAAAAAAAUAGUUAAUACACUAGUCGACAGAAUGAACCCGAUUGUAUUGUAAAAACAUAAAACUGAGCUAGAAAUACGAAAGUCUUGACUGUGUUUGCAUGCCGCAUUACCGUUGUGUGAUUUUUCGAUUCCGGACAAUAUAUUGGAAAUCAGGAGAAGCAAUUUUUCAAACGAUUCAUUUUAUCUUGUAGUUUCAUGAGAUGAAGCCUAUUUCGUUCUAAAAUGUUAGAUUCUUGAUAGCAAGAGAAGCCUUUGCAAAUUCAAACCCAUAAGAGAAGCUGACUGCGGGGCCUACUCGAUGGAUUGAAAUAGAAAGAAAAAACUAAUUCAUUAGGCAACCAUCACCGAGUAUGCACACAAAUCAAACAAAAGAAAAGAAAUUUACCAAAGGAGCUCUUGACUUUUUCAUCACUUCACCUAGCAAACGAAAAGCAUAAGUCAAUGGCGAAAGAACACAAUCAGGCAUUUGUUUGCUCAUCACGAUAGUAGCAUUCCAUUCAAUUCCCUCACAAAACACAAACAAAAUAGAUAAAGACAUUAUUAUUAAGGAUAAUUUUCCGUCAAAAGCAAGUAUGGGUUCACAAAUUCCAUAGAUUACUGUAAAUCAGUUUGAUGAACUAUUAUUACGAAAACUGUACUUCUUGUUAAAACGAAAAAAAAGAAAAGUUAUAAAAAUGCUAUUUACCGUUAAAUAAGAUGAUCUAUCUAUUGAAUUAUAUAUACAUAUUACAAAGUUGAUCAAAUUUGAAUACGAAUAUUCCCAUAAAAUACAGUAUUUGUACACUCAGCUAUAUCAGUUCAAAAAUUCUAAUGGCAUUAGCAGCGAUAAACUCUGUAUAAAAUCUUUCAACGACAAAAAAAAAACUUUGUAUCUAUAGUCACGUUCAGAUGAAACUAUUUGUCGGGAGUCAUUCAGAUGUAGACCUUUGUUAAUUUUGACUUGGCGAAGCUUUUUCGCCUUGCCUAAAUUGCAAGUGCAAAUAUCUGGAUCUGCAUGUCCUAACCCUUCCUUUCCUUAACAAAACACAAGUAUAAACGUGAUUUACUAGUGAUCUACUUAAUAUCAUAACUGCUAGAACAUGUAUUUCUAGUGAUUUCACUCUUAAGACUAAACAUUUCAAUGUAAGCCCGUUCGAUGAAACAAGAUAACCAAACUUUUAGUUUCUGUUACUCGCUUCGGCCCAUUCACACAGCUUGACAACAGAAAACAAAAUCGAAGAUCAACUAUUUUGAACCAAUUCCACAAAAAAAGUAUCGACAGUUCUAUCUCGAAUUGGUCCUUCUAAUCUUGUUAGUAGAACAGCUGAACGCUUCCCCAAUGUUUUAUUCCUGCUGCAGUUUGUAGUUCACUUCUGGCAAACUAUAACAGCAGUGGCAUGUAAAUAAUAUGAAACCAAACGAAUGCAAUUUAUUUUAAACCUUCCAAGCAAACGACAAAUGAAAAAAGAAUGGAAAAAUUAGGCAAUAAUUAUGUUAACUUCUUGUUACAGCCCACAGUGCACCUAGUAGAAGAGUUAGGAUUGAAAAUGCACCACUAGUGAAAGAUAUAACGGUAUAAUAAAGCCAACUAUUCGAGAAAAGACAUGAACGCAAAAAUUGAGAAUCUAAAUCUGAACAUUCCUUCAAAGAUAGAAAUCAAAUGAGAUCCGUUCAGCUGAUUUUAUUCAUUAAUUGCUUGUAGCGAAGUCGCAGCCUCUCCUAUUUGUAGGCUGAAGAUUUUUUCUUCCGUACAACAUACAAAAAAAAAAAGUUUAGAACACGUACACGAAACACAACAAUCUAUCUUUUGCUGUGUGGACUGACGCGAAGUGGUUUUAAAAAACUAAACAAAAACACAAAAAGAAUAUAACUGUUGAAGAAUUAUUUAGGCCGGAUGAGAGUAAACAGGGGAUAAUUUAUUUGAAAUAUUCGACGGACAAAAUACAAAGUGACAGCAACAGACAAACACAGCACACCAUACAUGCAACGCAACACAGACUUGUCAGACUCACAUUUUACAAAGUUGAACUCUAGAAUCGCAAGUAAAACUAAAUCAACAUGCUUAAACGCGAAAAAAAAAUGAAGACCGACCGAAAGCAGAAAACAGAAACUUAAUUGUAAUUUAUAAAUAUUGAAAUGAAACAAAAGAACAAGUUAAAGUUAGUUGAAGUAUAAGUAAAACCAAAUAUAACAAUAAUUAGACAUAUACAAAGAAAAAAUGAACUUUAAUCAUCAAACAAGUAAAAGAAUAUUGUGAAAUAAUAAGAAUAUGUAUAUUUAAGGUAUUGUAAAUCAAAACCAAAAAUAAAGUAUUAUAAUAAUAAAAAAUGCCUCGUGGAAA